AUCUACGUCGUCCAUUGAAUCGCAUCAGUUACCCGGCCAAUAGAUCUUAAAAAAAAUUCCGGCACAAUGGCUGACAACAAAGGACAGAGCACAAAAAAACCGACAGACUCCCAAAAGAAGCUUCAGGAGUCCCAGGCUCAGGUUGAUGAGGUCGUUGGAAUUAUGAGAGUCAAUGUUGAAAAGGUAUUAGAACGAGACCAGAAAUUAUCAGAAUUAGACAAUCGUGCAGAUGUAUUGCAGCAAGGUGCAUCUCAGUUUGAGCAACAUGCUACAAAACUUAAAAGAAAGAUGUGGUGGAAAAAUUUAAAAAUGAUGAUUCUUUUGGGAGUUAUUGUAGCAGUUCUUUUGAUUCUUGUUGUUGGGUCAUUUUUUGGUUCCAAUUAAGUAAUGUUGUUUAUGAACAGAAAAAGAAGAAUUAUCAUUUUACAUCCUGAAUGCAUUAACUUAAUAUUAAUAUUAAUAUUAAUAUAAAUUGUGAUAAAUAAUAAAUUAAUGAGGUUACAAAAUUGCAUUUUUAAUACAUUGCAUUAUAUACAAAUUUGAACUAUUUGUCUGUCAGAAAUAUUUUAUUUAAUCUUAGAAAUUUAUUUAAUUUUUUAAUAAUCGAAAUAAUUAUAAACUGAAUUUUUUUUUUUUUGUUGUUCAUAAAAUAUUCAACAUUGUACAGUAAAUUAAAUUUUAAUAUUAAUCAUUAAUCAUUUUUAAUUUAUUCCUUUAUUAUUACUUUAAUUUAAUUUGAGGUUUAAUUGGCUAUGGUAAUAAAAUAUUGUAUUGAAUAUAAUAUUUAUUUUAUUUUUUUAUAUCAAACAAAUUAUUUUUAUAGUGUAAGCUGAUGCAUAAUAAAAUAUAUAUUUCUUGUAAAUCUUAUCAACAACAUUUAUUUUUGUUAAUAAUAACUUUAUAUGUAUUGUUAAAAUGUUGAAAGCUUUAGGAAAUAUACUAUGAAAACAUCGAUUUAAAUAAUUAAA